AUGACUCGAGUCCGCUGGGUUGUGCUGCUGGCGGUUGCUGCACUCCUCGCCAGCGCCGAAGCAUACUUCGUCACCGACUCGAAGAAGGUUUCACUCAACUCCGACGUCCACUCCACCAGAUUUCGGAGGAUUAACGACGAUGAAGAGCGAGCGGGAGUCUCCGUCUCCAUUAUCGAGAAGGCGAAAGCGGCGUUGCUGCCUUCCGCCUCGGCUAAGAAACUCACCAAGUGGCUCAACAAGGGGAAGUCUGUCGACGAGGUCUUCGUGCGCAUGGGCCUGAAGAAGGUAGCGGGCGCAAAGCUGUUCCAGACUCCGCAGUUAUUUUCCUGGGCCAGAUACGUGGACGACUUGGGCAAAAAAGCGCCCGCCAAGGCGCCGACGAUGAUCCCGACGCUCACGGCUCAGUACGGCGACGAAGCCCUCGCUCGGAUGAUCGCUGCAGCCAAGGUAUCGGAGAAUGCCGACGUGAAGAAGUUGGCCUCCAAGCUGGAACUGGAGCAACUCUACGCUUGGGCGACCAAGGGGAAAACUCCGGACGAGGCGUUCGCGCUGUUCAAGCUCAGCAAGGCCGGGGACGACUUCCUCUCUACUCCGCAGUUCACCACGUUGACCAAGUACCUUAAGGUCUUCAACAGUAAGAACGCAGACAAGGAGACGACGAUGAUCGCGACUCUGGUCAAGAGCUACGGCGACGACAAGGUGGCCAAGAUCCUCCAAGCGGCGAUGAAAGUGCCGGAGACUGCACCCACCGCGCAGAAGCUCGACACGGAGCUGGUGCAGCUUUGGCUGGCGAAUCGCGAGUCCACAGACGCCGUUUUUACGCUGUUGAAGCUCGACAAGGCUGGGGACACGUUGUUUAGCAACCCGUUGCUGGUUACGUGGACAAAGUACAUGAACGCCUUCAACCAGAAGCAGAAGAACCCCAACAACCGAGCGUCUCUGGCCGCCACACUGGCGGCGCACUACGGCGACGAUGGAGCCGCAGCGAUGCUCAAGUCCGGAGACGUGCGCAACAUUUUAACCAAAAUCAAGCCCGGCGAGAACCUGUUCGAGAACCCGCACUUCGUCACUUGGCUCCAGUUCGUGGAGGACCCGAGACGGUCCCGCAUGGCGUUGUCUCUCAUGACAUCCCUCACUGUAAAGUACGGCGACGAAGCGCUGAUCAAGAUGAUCGACGCGGCCAAGACGGUCGCAAAGACAAAGGACAUGGCCACCAAGCUCCAGACGCAGCAGUUCCAGUACUGGGCCUCGAUCGGCAAGUCUCCGGACGACGUCUUCAAGCUGUACGAGCUCAACAAGGCUGGGGACAAACUCCUCUCCAAUCCGGAGUUGACCACGUGGAAAUCCUACCUUAACGUCUUCAACAAGCAGAACCCUACGGAGCAGACGACGUUGGUCGCAACCAUGGCCAAGACCUUCGGCGACGACGUCGUGGUCAACAUGCUCGAAGCCGCCAAGAAGGUCCGGGGUACAUCCAGAGACGCCAAGAGACUCGAGUCCGUGCAGCUGCAGCGCUGGAUGAAGAUGGAGCCAGAUGACGUGUUCACGGCGCUGAAGCUCGACAAGGCGGCCGAGAACAUGUUCGACAGCCUGCAGUUGAACGCCUGGGGCAAGUACGCGGCUGCCUUUAACGAGGCGAACCCGGACAAGAAGGUGAGCUUGAUCGCGACGAUGACGACGCACUACAGCGACAAAGGUGUGGUUGGUCUGCUGGCGGCCGCUAAGAAGGCGCCGGGCUCAGAAGCAAUCGCCACGAGGCUGCAGAGCGAGCAGCUCCAGUACUGGCUAAGCAUCAAGAAGUCGCCAACAGAUGUGUUCAAGGCGUUCAAGCUUGACAAGUUGGACGACAAGCUAUUGGUGAGCCCAUACUUCAGCACUUGGAUCAAGUACACGGACGACUUGUUCAAGAACAGCGACAAGCUCUCCGUUGUCUUCAAGACGAUGCGCUAUUACUACAGCGAGGACGCUUUGGUCAAGAUGAUUCUGGCCGCAGAGAAGAACCCAAGCACGCAAAAGAUCGCCCAGUGGACGGAAGAUAAGCUGUUCAGGGGCUGGAUGUUAACGGGUUCGCCAAGUGAUGCUUUCCGGGGCCUAAAGCUUGACGAAGCAGGGGAAAAGGUGUUCGAGGCCCCGCUGUUCGCCUACUUUACCAAGUUCAUGGCUCGUGUCACUGAAGGGAUGCGCGAGAAAGACGCUAUGGUGGUCUCGGCGAUGUCGGUUGGAAUGGGUGACGAGGCCCUGGCAGCGACUCUCAUCGCGGCGAAGAAGGUCCCGAGCACGGAGAAAAUCGCCACCACGAUGCAGGCCGAACAGAUCAAGUACUGGCUGAAAAACAAGGACAUGACGCCUGAGAAGCUCUUUAAGGACGUGCUCUUUCUGGACGACGUGGAUACCGUUCUCACCAACCCGGUACUGAACACGUGGGCCACCUACUUGCAAGCAUUCAAUGCCAACAAGCCAGUAAAGGAACAAGCGUCGAUGAUCCAAGUCUUGAGAAAUAGCUUCGGCGACAAGAUGGCCACGGAUCUGGAGACGGCGCUGCUCAGCCGGUUGUCUCCGAGGUUCUAACUGCAGGAGGAGUGGCGAAGGUUACCAGGGCGAAACUUCUCGAAACCUACACGGCCAAGUUCAGGGAAACCUACCGUUAGCAUUUGAGCUGAUACUACAGUAGAAUCUGACGUUACCGAGAAACACUACGCAGUGCUUGUACUUGGAUAGUGGAAGU